GUAUCAGCCAGAACAUGUCUUCCAGCCUGCAAUCUACAAAGAAAUUUCUCGUUUUCUUAGGAAAAUCACUGUAUACUGUUCUGGAGGCUUUGGUUUCUACCAUAAUCCCAAAGCCACGGAAGAACGUUGCUGGUGAAAUAGUUCUUAUCACAGGUGCUGGGAGUGGACUCGGAAGGCUCUUAGCUUUGCAAUUCGCCCACCUGGGAUCUGUGCUUGUCCUCUGGGAUGUCAGUAAGGAGGGGAAUGAGGAGACAUGCAAGCUGGCUCAGGAAGCUGGAGCCAGAAGGGUGCAUGCCUAUAUCUGCGAUUGCAGUCAAAAGGAGGAAGUGUAUAGAGUGGCUGAUCAGGUUAAAAAAGAAGUUGGUGAUGUUUCCAUCUUAAUCAACAAUGCUGGAAUCGUAACAGGCAGAAAGUUCCUCGACUGCCCAGAUGAACUUAUGGAAAAGUCAUUUGAUGUAAAUUUCAAGGCACAUUUAUGGACUUAUAAAGCCUUUCUACCUGCCAUGAUUGCUAACAACCACGGGCAUUUGGUUUGCAUUUCAAGCUCAGCCGGAUUAAUUGGAGUAAACGGCCUUGCAGAUUAUUGCGCGAGUAAAUUCGCAGCACUUGGAUUUGCCGAAUCCAUGUUUGUAGAAACAUUUGCCCAAAAACAAAGGGGAGUCAAAACCACAAUUGUGUGCCCAUUUUUUAUAAAAACUGGGAUGUUUGAAGGUUGUACUACUGGCUGUCCUUCUCUGUUGCCAAUUCUGGAACCAGAAUAUGCAGUCAGAAAAAUAAUAGAUGCCAUUCUGCGAGAAAAGCUGUACUUGUAUAUGCCGAAGUUUUUGUACUUCUUGGUGUUUUUAAAAAGCUUCUUGCCCCUCAGCACGGGACUGGCUAUAGCUGAUUAUUUGGGCAUCUUUCAUGCAAUGGAUGGCUUCGUUGACCAAAAGAAGCAACGCUAAAAACCAACUCUAUGGCUGAUGUCAUCUGAUACCGAGCAUUACGCGAUGCUUAUUUCAACGAAGAAAAAUAUUUUGUGUCUGACAGUAGAAUCCACGUAGAGACCACAAGUACAUUCUCAUUCAGUUGUCUAGAGUAAGAUUUUCAACCAACGCUUUGAAAAUAAUGUUGCUAUCCCCUUCUUUGUUGAGUUUUGACUUUGUUUUUGUUUGUUUUGUCUUGUUCUCUUCCAAAAAUAAAGACAGCGCAUUUUGUCGUUUCCAUUUGCAA